AUGGCCACAUGGACGGAUACGCUUAACGCGCGAGUCUUGGCGAACGUGUCAACCGAUGAGCUCCGUCGCAGCUACAACAUCGUGCUGCAGGAAGAGUUUUCCGGUGUUGCCCAAGCUUUAGACGGUGUGACGGCGGCUUUUAUCAAACUGGAAGAAGUUCGCAAUGCAGUCUCCAAGCUCAGCUCCUCGACUGUAGAGCACAGCGCGAGCCUUCAGGCGGAGCUGGAUAGCGCAACGAAACUCCGGCAGCAGUUGAAGAAAAUAGUCAAGAAAGUAGCGAUGGACAUGGCUGUGGGAGGCGAGGCGGAGGGCUCAGGUUACUCGGCCACUAACCAGAAGCCUGGCGAGGAGCUGCUCAGCCACAAUGUCAACAAACGAGAGAAACGUGCUAAUGAAUCAUUGGAGACGAAAAGUACAGAAACGAAGAGAGCGAAGAUGAAUUACCAGACGGAUGCCAUUGAGAACACGAGCAAUUCGCUACAGACGCCAGGCACGUCGCUGAUACUUAACCCGAAUGGGUCAAAGUUAGCACACCAAAACACGUCGAGCGAAAAAGUUGUGGACGCCAAUGCAACGGACAACAAGAGCAACAUGGAAACUGCAACCUCAGCGCUCAAGAUCAACAAAGACAACUGCUUGAAAGUCAUGGCAGAGCUCUCGAGCAGCCAAUUGCAAGUUUCCGGUCCCAACAUCCUGAAGUUUGUGAUGGUGUGGGCCUUCAGAUGCGAGGACCAAGAAAACCACCUCGAAGCUUUUCGACAGUUUGCCAACGCUAUAAGGUCGCCGAUCAACAACCUGCCGAACGACAGCAAGACUUUGGGCGUCAGAAGACUUCAAACUUUCCUGAAAGGCGUGGCCCAGGGAAUUAGUGGUACUCACUCAAGGACAAAUGAAGAAGCCGAUACGAAUCAUGACAUCCUGCUGUGGGAAGCAAACUUCUUGACUCCCACGAAAAGAGGCCCACUUAUCCCUCCGAUUAUCCAGGCGCUGGAGACGGAAAUGAUGCGUCCGAUUUUAUCUUCCGAACGAUUCCGAGACGUGUCGAAAGUUAUGAACACGUUGACUUACUGGGCGGAGCGCGAACGCAGCAAUCACCGACUAUGCAAGUUGUUUCGGGGUCUUGUUCAAGGUGCGAAGCUCUAUGCUGGCAAAGUGUCGAACUUCACCGUCAAGGCCAAUUUACUGGGCGAUGCUCAGCGGAUGGAGCUAGUACUCGGAAGGUUGGCCAGUUGGGCGAUUAAAGAGCGCACGAAGCAAACGUUAGCUUUCGUGAACCAACUUCCAACCAGUCUCCUGCUGGAGGCCGUCGAUAUUGCCAUCUUGAUGACGGAUGAAAUCGUCCGCUUCGUGGAGCCCGGCUGGAAGCCCAGACGGGACCGUUCAGUGCUUGAAUGCUACACGCGGCUGAAGAGUUUGGUUGGGUUGAUCAAUGGACCAACUCAGCACCAGCGCGAGGCAGUGCUCACCAGGUGGAAGAUGGACAAGGUAUAA